AUGAUUGCCUCGGACAGCCUCGCCCUCAAGGCCCUUGCCGUGGGCCUCGUUGCCGUCGUGCUGCGUUUCGUCAUCGCCUACGUGACCUCGCCUCUCAAGGCCUUUCCCGGUCCACUCGUGGCCCGGUUCACAGACCUAUGGCGGUUCUGGGACUACAUGGCCUGUACACACACCAACAACCACCGCCAGCUGCACGAGAAGUACGGCCCUGCCGUGCGCAUCGGGCCCAAUCUGGUCACCUUGAACGAUCCAGAGCUGAUCAGGGAAGUGUACUCGACCCGCGGAGACUUCCACAAGAGUAACUUUUAUGAAGUCGCCGACGCCAGCUCGCAAGGCCAGCGUCUCGAGAACGUCUUCAGCACACGCAGCAAUGUCUUCCAUGCGCGCUACCUCAAGCCCUAUCAGAAGUUCUUCUCCAUGUCCACCAUUCUCGGCAAGGAGCACCUCGCAGAUAACAUGGCCAGGGUGUUUUGCGAGCAGCUCGAGACCCGCUUCGUCGAUGGUGACAACGGGAACAAGACUUGCGACCUGGCCGACUGGAUCGAGUACGCGGCCUGGGACUUGGACUGGGAGAUGACUUUUAGCCAAGACAUGGGGUUUCUCAAGUCUGGCACCGACGUUGACGGCAUGAUCCACACGGGCGAGAUGGUCAUGAGAUACCUCGGCUGCGUUGGCCAGAUCCCCUGGCUCGACAGGCUGCUCGGCAAGAAUCCCUACUGCCCCAUCAAGUUCGCCACAUUUGAAGGCUGCGCUUUCUACUGCUUCCAGCGCGUGAUGGAGCGCAUCCAGAGCGGCAAGACGGGCCAGGGUGAUUUCCUCGACAACUUCCUUGAGGCCAAGGAGACACACCCGGACAUUGUCAGCGACAAUGAGGUCGUCAGCUACCUGAUGAUGAACGUCCUCGCGGGCGCCGACACCACGGCCAUUGAGAUCAAGUCCAUCACCUGGCACCUCCUGUCCAACCCUGAGGCGCACAAGAAACUCGUCUCGGAGCUCAGCAGCGUCGCGCUAAGCUUUCCGCCCAAGUACGAGGAGACCAAGGACCUCCCCUACCUCAACGCCGUCAUCAAGGAGGCGAUGCGGCUGCAUCCGGUCAUCAGUGGCGUUCUGGAGCGUAUCGUCCCCUCGAGCGGUCUGACCCUGCCAGACGGCCGCGUCAUCCCGGCUGGCACCAAGGUCGGCAUGAACCCUUGGGUUGUGCACCGCAGCGAGCAGACGUUUGGCCCUGAGCCCGACACCUUCCGUCCCGAGCGCUGGAUGAAGGGGCCCGACGAGCCCCAGGAGAAAUUCGACAUGCGUUUGAAGAAGAUGAAGGACGCUGAUUUGUCGUUUGGCUCUGGAAACCGGAUCUGCGUAGGCAGAAACAUGGCCAUGGUCGAGAUGCACAAGGUCAUCUCCACGCUCUUCAGCCGAUACGAUAUCAAGCUUGCCGAUCCUGCCAAGAAGUGGUCCGUUCGGUACUGGUGGUUCACCUUUGUGGAUGAUAUUGACGUUAAAAUCUCGAGGCGCGCGGGUGUGCCAUCUCUUGCUUAG